AUGAUAGAGAAGAUUUUCAUCGUUUUGCUGAUAGUUUGUCCCGGAAUUCUGAUGAUUCUCCUCCUGCUUAUAGUUUUCCGGCGGCUCUUCUUACGGAGCGGCGGCGGCGCCGAUAGACCUCCCGCCGCCGGAAGAUUCGAGACUCUGUCGAGUGGGAUCGCGAGGCUUCAUCAGGUGAUUCCUCAGAAUGAUCGGAAUCUCCACAAUUUGCAGAAAAAAAGCUUUGAUCGGAGUUCAUUCAGAUGGGCUGAUCAUCCUUCUCUAGUAACCGACGCGGUGGAGAACGGAUGGCCACGAUUUGCUUUCACUACGUCAGUUACUUUUCCUGCUAAAUCCGGGCCGUCCAUUCUAGGGUUUCGUGGGAACGACGAUAGGGUCGAAAUUGGGUGGGAGAUCUGCCAUGGAUCAAGCGAUUAUCUGCAAAAAAUCAGGUUCAAUCCAGGGAUGAAGAAUCCGGUCGCCGGCUCUGGCGCCGGCGCCGGUCAUUAUGCAAUUAGGGCAGCUCUUCCGCUGCCAGGCCCGCCAUUGGAGAAUUUAGGGUUUCCGCAGGAAGCUUAUUUUGAGAUCACAAUCCUCCCGGGCGGCGAAAUCGAUUUACAAUCGGAAACAGAUACGAUCAAGCUAAUCCAGGAUGAACAAAAUCCCGACGCCGUCGUAAGUCAUGGCGGCGGCGGCGGCCAUUGCUAUAGGAGGAGCAACGUGGAAGAAGCACUGAGAAAUGAAGAUAAUUUUCUGUCAGUUGGUUUGACGGCCGGAGGGCCUUUUCCGAUGAAACUUCCGGGAAGUUUUCCGGGAUCUAUUGGAUUCAACUCCGGUGGCUCAGUCUAUCUUGAAGGCAAAAAGCUGGUGCCGGAGUCGGAGGACCGUGAAUGGCGGAAAUCCGGCGCGAAGGUGAUCGGCUGCGGCUACAAUCCCAGCCGGAAAACCGUUUUCUUCACGGUGGAUUCACAGCUGGCGCACAUCAUCAACUGCCGGAGCGACGCCUUCGGUUCUCCGCUCUAUCCGACGCUCGGCGCCGGCGCCGGCGCCGACGUAACCGUCGUCGUCAAUCUCGGCCAAACCGCCUUCGAAUUUUCUCCGGCCAAUUCCCGGCGAACGCCGAAUCCGUGCUUCUCGGAGCCGACGACCGGCUCGGGCUUGAGCUACGAAGACAGCAAGGAGCUAUUUUCCAUGGGAAGAAUCGACUCGCAGUGGCGGAUGCGGAACAGGAGCAAUGGAAACACAGUGAUGAACGGCGCCGGCAGAAUCAAGUCCGACGGAGAAGAAGAUGUUGACGACGAAGAUCUCUUCGAAAUUGCUUUGGACAUGUCAGCUUUGAAAAGUUCGGCCCAUUAG